GACAUGUCGCUUCCUCUAACUUUAUACAUUCAGGCAGAUAAUUCAGCCAAAGACAAUAAGAAUUUUAUUCUUAUGGGGUUCCUAGCCAGUCUUGUACAACAACAAAUCGUUAAGAAGCAAUGGGGUUGGGAGCAGUUGUCUGAUGGAAAAGGAAGAAGAUCCGUCCGUUUUCUGGAGGAGAGCAGGGUUGUCAUCAGCCAGUUGGUGACAGAUCGGCACCUCCAAGUAGCGAAGUGGGUGCGGGAGAACAUGCCAAACACGGUGCACAACAUUGAUGUUUGGCACGUGGCAAAAGGAUUGAAGAAGAAGCUAGUGGCACUCAGCAAAGAGAAAGACUGCCAGGACGUUGUGGACUGGAUAAAGAGUAUCACUUACCACCUUUAUUGGGUUCCUUCCUCAACACUGGCAGAUGAAGAAGAUGAAAUGAAAUGGGAGAAGUGGUCCAGCAUUCUCAACCACAUUCAGAAUGUUCAUGCAGGGCAUGGUGACCACUUUGAGCGAUGUGAACACGGGGACCUGGGUCCAGACACUCGACUUAAAGAUGGCUUAGACCUGGCACCAAGGUCCUUGAGAAGCUUGAAUCAAUCAUUGAUUCCAGACAGAUGAGAAAGGACAUCCCAAGGCUAUCACCAACAGUUCAGACGUCAGACCUAGAGGCAUAUCACUCCGUGAUAAAUCACUUCGCCCCUAAGAUGAAUAGCUUUUCAUACAAGGGAAUGCAAAGCCGUUUGUUACUUGCUGCCAUGCAUUACAACGAGAAUUCUACCAAAGACCAGGCAACUACAAAAGACGGUAAUCUGCAGUACAGGAUUGUCUUCCCAAAACAGAAGAAGGGGGAAUUCACAGUACAGAAAGUGAAGACUAAAAGCACAUAUGAUUAUGUGGAUGCAUUGAACAACAAAGCAAGUGAAAUGGUUUUUAACAACACCAUGCCACGCAGUGAAGAAGGCAACAUUGCUCCGCCGCCUUUGUGUGACCAGUACAUCCACCCAGAGAAGGAUGUUGCCGUACGUCAACUUCUAACUCGGCUCAGACGAAACUAAAUCCUUGGUACUGGCCAUUUUCCUCGGGAUAGGUAGUUCUGAUCUUGUGAACGGCACACGCUGGUAAUGGAACCCGCACUUGUUUCCCAAGCCACCCCCAGCACCACCUGGCUAAUUGUCUGUAGCCGAUAUAUCGCAUUCG